CACGAGCCAAUCAGGCGCGCGGUUACAGCCUCCACGCAUGUUGAAUGAGCGCGCGGUACAGGAGCAGAGUGCAGCGCGAGACGGACGAACCGCUUGCCUGUCAUUAGCUCAGAGAGUGACAGAGCAGCGACAGAGAGAAGAGAGGAGUAGAGGACACGCACCCAACACCCACACAGAGCGAGAGGACAGGGGAAGAGGGAGCAGAAGCACCCCGAGAGAAGUGGGAGACUGACAGCCAACAUGAGCGCUCAGUUUGAGGAAGAUAUUCUAGACCGGGGUGAGAGAAAGAGCAGCAAAUCCCCGACGUUGCUCUCUUCUUACUGCAUAGACAGCAUUCUGGGCCGCCGCAGUCCCUGUAAGGUCAGACUGAUUGGGGCGCAAAGUUUGACGGGUCUGCCCGGCAGAGGAGAGUUUGACAAGACGACUGACGGGCCAACGAAAGAGCCCCUUUCUCUCGGCGCUGACUUGCACCUGCCUCCCAAACUCCGUCGGCUGUAUGGACCCGGGGGGAAAUACCUGCACGACCACACGGAGAAGCUGGAAAGAGAGAGACUGCUCCUAGAGCAGGCCAGCGAGAGCCUCAAAAUCAGCCAGGCGCCGCAGGUGAGCAUCAGCCGCAGCAAGUCCUACCGGGAGAACGCCUCACUUCACCGGGGAGAGGGCGAGCAGAGUCCAGGGGAGGCCUCGGAGGACGGCGCACUCGGACUGGUGGAGCUCGGGCCCCUCAAGUUCGAGGAGGACGGCGGAAAGGAGGAGGAGGGGAGCUGCGCGGACGCGGCCGCGCUGUCCCCGAAGGACGAGGAGAGGGAGGAGAUCUUGAACGCCGGAGACGGGGACGUGAGGGACGGGGAGGACAGCGUGUGUCUGUCGGCGGGCAGCGACUCCGAGGAGGGGAUGCUGAAAAGGAAGCAGAGAAGAUACAGGACUACGUUCACCAGCUACCAGCUGGAGGAGCUGGAGAGGGCUUUCCAGAAGACGCACUACCCCGACGUGUUCACAAGAGAGGAGCUCGCAAUGCGUCUGGAUCUCACCGAGGCCCGCGUUCAGGUUUGGUUUCAGAACCGCAGGGCCAAGUGGAGGAAGCGCGAGAAGGCAGGGGUGCAGGCCCACCCAUCAGGCCUGCCCUUCCCAGGCCCCCUUGCUGCAGGCCAUCCUCUCAGCCACUACCUAGAAGGAGGGCCAUUCCCUCCUCACCCGCAUCCAGCCUUGGAGUCCGCCUGGACGGCUGCUGCGGCUGCAGCCGCUGCCUUCCCAGGCCUGGCCCCGCCUCACAACAGCUCUGCUCCACCCUUGGCUACCCCACUGGGACUGGGUACCUUCCUGGGCACUGCUGCCAUGUUCCGCCACCCUGCCUUUAUCGGACCCACUUUUGGCAGGCUGUUCUCCAGUAUGGGUCCCCUGACAAGUGCUUCCACCGCUGCAGCCCUCCUCCGUCAGCCCGCGCCCCCAGUGGAGAAACCCUCCCAUGCAGGCUCUGUCCUGCCCGACCCUUCCUCUGCUUCCUCUUCCUCAUCCUCUUCGGCGGCGGCAGACCGCAGGGCCUCAAGUAUUGCCGCGCUGCGCCUCAAGGCCAAGGAACACUCGGCUCAGCUCACCCAACUUAACAUCCUGCCAGCGGGAGCCGCGGGGAAGGAGGUGUGCUGAACACUCAGCAGCAGCUCUAGCCCCUCCCGUCCUGGGCUUACGCCCCAUUCCAUGACAGCCUGCACCCCCUGAGAAAAAAACAAAACAAAACAAAUAAAACAAGAAAAGCAAAACAUUCAUACCUCUGGAGGCUGUCGUCCUGAUGAUGAACACCCCCCUGCCCCUUGUUAGACCUUCCCAGUUACCUCAUGUUUCCCCAACAAAAUAGCACGACCAAAUGCAGAAGAGCACUAGCUGAGAAAGUGUGUCUGUGUGUCUCUGAUAAGCGUUGUUGCCAUUCUUUCACAUAGUUUCCAGAAACACAUAACAUUAAACUCAAUAUCACGAGAGCUCUCAGUUAAAAAGAAUAUUUUGAAAAACAUCCAAAGAUUAAAUACAUUUAUAUAGCUAUCUAUUUCAAAUACUUAUUGCUCCUUCCACAGUCACUCAAACGUGCAUUGGGGAUUGUUUACAGUGCAUACAUAUACAUAUAUGCUUAAUAAAAUAUAAAGCAAACAAGUCAUUAGAGGCGGAAUGUAACAAAUAAAUGAGCUUUUAAUUAAAAAACAGUUUAUAAUCUUUCAAACAUGAGGUAUUGAAACAGCUUUUUGGUGGUUUACGUUUUACAACCAGGACUUUUUUCUUUUUUUUUCAUGGUUUCAUUUCCUUUCCUGAAGUCGAGACACACACACUCACCCCUAGCGCAGAGCUGAAAAACGGCAGGGGAACCCAGACUUUUAUACAACAGAGUUCCUCGGAUGUGGACAACACCAGUGCUCGACAUUAACUCUGCUUAAUCUGUAUGCAUUAUUAUGUGGGCUGAGCCAGUCUGCAUGUUUAACAAAGGCGAGUCGGAGGAGGUCCCCCUCCUUCCCCCCACACCCACAACCUCACCCACCCACACACACACACACACACACACACACCCUGAACCAAAGGAAAACUUGUCCAUAGACCUUCCAUAGCCUUCUCUGCAAGCCUGACUCCUCUCCACUGCUCGCUUGUCCAUCUGUCACACUCAGCCGCACCACUGCGAACGUAUAUCUAAUUAAAAUUUACCUUCUAGAUGAUCUAUGCAUCUAUGUUUCUCUAUUUGGUUAAAUUUGAUUUUCACAGCAGUGGCAUUUCAGCUGACUCUGACUCCAGGACAUACGAGCAAUGAGAUCUGACUGUGUGAGAGAAAAAUUGUAAAUAUUGUGUAAAAAAAAAAAAGAAAAGAAAGAAAAAAAAGAGAGAAAGAAAAAGCUUGAAAAGUAAGAGAAAAAGGAUCGUUUUCAAAACAAGGUCGUGUAUAUUUUAAGAGACCCUGUUUUGAUCAAUUUGCACUCGGUGUAGUGUGUAAUGAAUGUCGCCCUGUGUAGAUUUCCACCUGUGUUUAUGAAUUAUUAGGUUUUUAGAUAAUUAUUUAUGUCAAAACUUUUCCCAGAGGAAAUGAGUGAAGGAUAUUUGUUUUUCAUAUUAAGUGAUUGUAAUUUCCUGGCUUAAUAAGAUUAAUUUGAAUAAAUGACAUUGGUAAAAUGAGUUAGUAUUAUUAUUUAAAAUUUCCUCGAUAAUUAGAGGCUUACUCCAGGAAAAAAUAUUUUUAAAAUAUAUAAAACAAUGAAUAAAAGGUGCAAAGAAAAAUAUGUGCUUUCCUGUCUUACCUUGCAAUGGCAGGUGCUCAAAAGAGGAAUAUUUUCCCAAAAGCCAAAAUAUAUUAGUAGGUGUUUAAUCCUCCACAGUUCAGUUGACAAAAUACUAACCGUAUAUUCAUGAGCUUAAUCCCUACAUAAGAAAGGCGCGACAAAGGCGAGGGGUUUUCAAUUAAAGCGCCCACUUUAUCUUUGGGGGGCCGUCACAAAACUUGCCUAAAAACCCUUUAAAGGCGCUAAAUUGGUCUUAACAUCUGUAAUGCCAUGUCGAUGGAAGAGAGUCCCCUUUGUCAUUAAUGAAGUAACAAACCACUUCAUCAAACGGCUUUCACACACACAACCUGGGAGAGUUAAUUCCCCCCUCCAAAUCCCCACUCUGAUGCCGGACUAUUACACCAAUCAAUGGUUAUUCUGCUCAGUUUGACCCAACCAUGGUACCCGACCAAACCGCGUGAAAUUACCCCACGGAUUAAUGUAGUCCCCCUUUCUUUUAUUAAAAAAUAUAUUGUCUGCAUCUGGGAAAAGCCUCCUCUAUAAUUCUUCCAGCCCUUCAGUUUUUUUUAAACACCAGUUAAUCACUCAGUUUUACUGCAUAAAAAAAAAAAAGAAAGACUCAUAUAAUAAGGGACUGAAGGACAUACUUAGAGCAGGCGUGUCUCUAGAAACUGGGCUAGCCAAUGUUGCACCAAAACCAAAAGCUGUGAUAGAAUUUCAGGAGUUUUAAUAUUCUCUUUUUAUUUACAUGUAUCAGAGUAAAUAUACUUGAAAUCAGAAUGUGGGGG